AUGAGCGGUUUUCGGUUCCUCAACCUCGUCCGGCCAUUCCUCCCUAUUCUUCCAGAGGUCUCGUCGCCCGACCGCAAGGUCCCCUUCAACCAAAAAGUACUAUGGACGGCCGUCACGCUCCUCAUCUUCUUGGUCUGCUCCCAGGUCCCCCUCUACGGCAUCAUGUCGUCCGACUCCGCUGACCCCCUCUACUGGAUGCGUGUCAUCCUCGCCUCCAACCGCGGCACCCUCAUGGAGCUCGGUAUCACCCCCAUCGUCACCUCCGGGAUGAUCAUGCAGCUCCUCGCAGGCGCAAACCUCAUCGACGUCGACUUUUCCCUCAAGGACGAUCGCGCGCUGUUCAGCGGCGCCCAAAAGUUGUUCGCCCUGAUCAUUUCCCUCGGUCAAGCAACCGUCUACGUGCUCACCGGUCUCUACGGCCAACCCCAUGACCUCGGCGCCGGCAUCUGCCUCCUCCUCAUUAUCCAGCUGAUCUCCGCCUCGCUCAUCGUCAUCCUCCUCGACGAGCUCCUCCAGAAGGGCUACGGGCUCGGCUCGGGCAUCUCCCUGUUCAUCGCGACCAACAUCUGCGAGUCCAUCGUCUGGAAGGCGUUCUCGCCGACGACGAUCAACACCGGGCGCGGCCCCGAGUUCGAGGGCGCGGUCGUCUCGCUCUUCCACCUGCUCUUUACCUGGAACGACAAGGGCCGUGCGCUCCGUGAGGCGUUCUGGCGGGAGCGCCUGCCGAACAUCAUGAACCUCAUCGCGACCGUGGUCGUCUUCGUGGUGGUCAUCUACCUCCAGGGCUUCCGGAUCGAGAUCCCGGUGAAGAGCAACCGCUUCCGCGGCCAGCGCGGCUCGUACCCCGUCAAGCUGUUUUACACGAGCAACAUGCCGAUCAUGCUGGAGAGUGCGCUCACGUCGAACGUGUUCAUCGUCUCGCAGAUGCUCGCCAGCCGCUUCCCGGACAACUUCCUCGUCAAGCUGCUCGGUAUCUGGGAGCCGACGGAGGACUCGCACCAGCUCGCGGCCGUGUCGGGCAUCGCGUACUACAUGUCCCCGCCGCACACGCUCAAGGCGGCCUUCCUCGACCCGAUCCACACGGCGGUCUAUAUCGGCUUCAUCGUCACCGCCUGCGCGAUCUUCUCCAAGACGUGGAUCGAGGUCUCCGGCAGCGGCCCGCGCGACAUCGCGAAGCAGCUCAAGGACCAGCAGAUGGUGAUGGCGGGCCACCGUGAGGGCUCGAUGUACAAGGAGCUCAAGCGCGUCGUGCCCACCGCGGCCGCGCUCGGCGGCGCGAUCCUCGGCCUCCUCUCCGUCGCGGCGGACCUCAUGGGCGCCAUCGGCAGCGGCACGGGUAUCCUCAUGGCCGUCACGAUCAUUUACAGCUACUGGGAGAUCGGCAUGCGGGAGGCCGGCGGUCCGGAGAUGGCAGCGCUGGGCGACCUGCUGUGA